AUGACGAGGCUCCCGCCGAAGCCGGGUCGCCCUUGCUUCGCAAGUGAGCCCACCACCCUGCGAAGAUCCCCAGCUGCAGCCUUGUCUGCGCAGCCGCGACCCAAAGGAGGCGCGGCCCUGAAAAGACGGGAGGUGCCGCAAGCGACCUUCCAGGUCUCUCACGGUCCAGCACUCACUGCAGGCCACCGUGCCCAAGCUUUGCCCCCCUCGAGGGUGGUGACCCAGGUGGUGUCGGAGCCCAUUACACCGGAAAUCACCGAGGGCCCGCAGCUGUUCCCGACAAAAGUCGUCGUGGAGCCCCUUGAGGAGCUGACGAAGGCUCUCGACCACGGUGCAGAGGCAGAGGGGGCGGCGCUCAACAGCAAUCCCUUCGACUACACUGACGGCGGUCUCGGGUCAGCGCGAGAAGCGAGCUUCGUGUCACAGAAGCUCGUUCAGUCGUCACCACAGGCCCUGGAGGAUACUGUGGUGGAAGACCACAGCAUCAGCCCCAUAGGCAACACGCAAACCAGUCCUGAGGCCUCCUCCACUCCUCGGCGGCGAGCCAUGCCAGCGACGCAUGUCUACAUUCGCCCGCCCGUCUCGCCGGAGGAAGCCACCACGCCCACAGAGAGUGUUGGAGAAGCUACCACAAAGAUUGCCGGCAUCAUUGCCGAAGCAGAGGCGAACAUCAUGAGAUGCAUGACGUCCGGAGGCAACUGGUCCUCGGAGGCAUCGGAGUUGGGGCAGUUGGCUUCAGGCACUAUCCACGAACUCCGGCUCAGCGGUUUGAUUGCAGGUGAUUGCAUGAAGCUGAAGGAGAACGUGGAGGACUUGAAGAGCCGGAUGAUGAGCUUGGCGGAUGAGAACCGCCGCCUCAAGGGUCAGCUCGGACAACGACCGGCGGAGCCGGAGAUUUCGAGGGCCUCGACGCCGCCGUUCUCCGACGCGCAGGGCGCGCUGCUGGCCCAACAGCAGCUGAUCGUGCAGCAGAUGCAGCAGCAGCAACAGCUGAUGCACCAGCUCCUCACGAACCAACUGCAGCAGAGACGAGGAGACUCCACGCCACCAGCGCCGGAUCCAUCCACCGUAGCUCCCUCGAAGGCCCAGGAGCCGUCCUUCGCAGAGAGGACGCGCAUCAGCAGGUACGUCGUGCCCGCGGCGACAGCCGGGCCAAGGGGAGCCUCCAUGGUCUUAUCCCAACAGCCCUGGCAGGCCCCGUUGCAAGUCCAAGAGAACUUCUUUGCGCGCCCUCCUGGUCCUAGCCUGUCGACGACGUGCACCACCCUUCCGCAGGUCGCGCCUCCGGUCCUUUCACCGAGGUCGUCUCGGACGAGUUUGCAGGUCACCCCGCGACAGAGUGCCUUCGCAGCUGCACCUAGUGUCCUGGCGACCUCGCGGGCGAGCUCGGUGCCCUCACUCCGGGGUCGCGGUGCAGGAGGAAGGGCUGCGGGGACGCAGCCGACGUUGUCGCCGUUCCAGACGGAGCCCUUCUUGCACGUGCCGACGCUUCCGCCGGCGACGGUACCAACCUUCGUGCAGCCCGUACCUGUCUCCUUCACACCACGUUCUAUGCAGCCGGCUCGUUGCGCUUCCCUCGAGCGCAUCGGCUAUCAGUCGUUGGCAAGCAACGGAUCGGCCCAGACACUUGGGCCGGCGCCACCACUGAUGACGCCGCAGGUGUCGCGCGCCUCUGAGGGCAUCCCUGCCGAACCGUUGGCGACGGAUGCCCUGCCGAAGGACGGGCGGGUCCUUUCUGCGGUGCGGCUCCAUCCCUCCAGCUCUGUUUAUCCACCUGCUGUGCGGUCGACCAGCCGGUCGUCGACAGUGCGAAGCUACGUCUGCGGCCUCCCUGCCUGA